CAUACCUGGACCAUGAAGCGGACGUUGAUAGACUCGGAGGAUUGCCUUCUGUAAAACUUGCCAUGUCCGCUGGCGAAUCGACUUCCAACCCCGCAGAGGGCAAGCGAAACUUUGCUUCGAUGGAAGGUUCCAGGGUUUCGUCGUUUUUUCCAAUUGUCACUGCGCUGUCUCGUUGCGUUCCAUCUUCCGCUUGAGUCGACUCAUCGGCGUCGGAAAAUCUACCGUCUGAAGCUUGAGUGUCGGUUUCAAUGUGCUGCGCGGAAACAAUAGGCAAUUCGACCUUGGAUGUUCCAUGACUGUCGGACCCAACGUUAUCAUGGCAUGGAGGGCGGGAAGAGGAAUCAGUGAUACCGUCGACCUCCGUGCAACUCAAUUCUACUUCUACGGCCGAAGAUGAUGGUUCAGCCAACUGAGAUUCUUGCUUUCCAAAGACAUUUGGUAGGUUGAAGCCGAAACUGAAGGCACUGCCAGCUUCGGAGGGUGGUCUGGCAGAUUCUGUUACAGUCGAAGGUCCAGUAUCUGCCCUGGCAAAUGCAGAAGGAAAUGCGAAACCAAAGUUGAAAGAGCUGUCCGCAGCUCUAGGGGGGUUCUCGGUAGUUUCCUGCAAUCCAAGUUUGUCCUCUUGUUCGGAACUGAGGAAACCUCGUACUUCCUUGUGUUCUGGAGACGGUUCAUCAAAUGACUGUGCAAUGGAAUUGUCGCGUUUGAUUUGGCUGGGCAACACAUCUUGAACGUGCUUUGCCCGAGUUCUGUCAUUAACCUGCAGUGAACUUGGUGCGGGGAUGUCAUCAAAAGGAACCGCCUCAAACCUGAAAAAGGGAUUCUCUUCUAUUGUAUGUUCGGGAACCGCGUCAAUUCCAUGGCGUCUUUGUGUGGUUCUUGACACAAAUGAAGUCUCCACUCCCAAGUUGCCGUCAUCAAACACAAACUCGUUCGUCACUUCCAAUCUGUUGUCUUCGAACUGCGUCCCACUUUGAUCAUUCUGCGAGAGCUCUCCGUCCUGCAAGUCUGGAAAUAUGCCAAAGCUAGAGUCUUUCGAGGUCACGUGAGUUGUUUCGUCAGCCUCACUUCCACCUGACAAGAUAGUCUCGAACGUCUCAUUUUGCUGGGUAUCGUCGGUAAUGACAUGCGGCUUCUUGCUUGGUUUGCGGAAAAAUCUGCUCAGCUUCUUGCUCUUUUUGCGAUCAGGGGAUACAAUAUUGGUGCUACCGUUGGAAAGAGAAACACUGCCCUCUUCUACCAAUCUUCCCGCUUGGGUUUCACGGUCUACUGCCACCUUGGCUACAAUAUCGUCGCCUAACAGUUGUGCAUCGGCACCUCCAGAGGAUUGCUGCUUCUUGUUGAAGAGCCUCCACUUCUUCCUUGUUUUCGCCAUCGUUUAGAAGAGACAACUGGGUGGGAUCGUCAAUGCACUGACCAAAAGUGGCGACCUGGCUGCUGGCUGUGGGAUCCGUCAAGCGUCAAGACAGUCAGAAAUCGGAAAGAAAGCAGAAAUGUGGCCCUCCCCAGCUCGGCAUUGCUCGGCAUGCAAAAAGCCAAUCAUUGGAUCUUUUGAAGCAAACGGUACGAAACCUCUAUAAAACAGCAGCGCCGUUUGAACGUUCACUCUGCAUACACCAAAACGAUGUAUCGGUACAGUCGUACCGACCGCAAUGUUUUGGUGGCCUGUGGAGAAGGCAGUACCGGUAUUAGAUUUUAAUAGUCUAGGUGCUAUUUGUAACAGGGACAUGCAUUCAUUAGCUUGAUGCUAGGGCAGAAACGAGGCCAAGAUCGUACUAGUACAUCAAGAGCUGAAACUGCCUCUUGACAAGCUCCUUGGUUGGAACCUCACCUCUAGCGAAACGCUGAAUGACUGAGUGCAAUGUUCACCCUGAAACCGCCACCAGUACUUGUACUAUUUGUACUGUUAAUAGCUAGUACCAGGUACCGGUAGCUGGGCACUGCUAUGCAUAGCUAGCCAGUUGCUUGCCUUGUUCAUUUGGGCUAAACGGAAGACGAAACGCCCGCUUCAUUGACGAAAACCUGCCUCUGCUGCGAACGAAAAACACUACCUUCCCAGCAAACGUACCGGUAGUUAUUAGGGGGUUACAGUUACCAGCACUCGGAUCAGUCUCUCUCCUCUUUCCCUCAGAUAGUCGGUGUGAUUUGAUUGAUUUUUCGUCUGUUCAGACACACGAUUGAUACAUCAGUUAUAGCAUUGGCUCUUCUUUUUGUUGAGAAACGCGUGGACGAAUGCUGGUCGGCUUCAAAAAUUUUGGCCUCGAGGGACCCAACCGCAGCCGCCACUUUUUUCAUUUCCCGACCACACCCCUCACUCUUACUCUCAUCAGCUCAACUUCCCUGUAAUCAUCCUCACAACCCUACGUUGCGUCCUUCCUGCAAAUCAGAGAGAAAAGACAAGAUUGCCUUAGCCACCAUGUCGUACGACGAUCGUCAGUUUACCAUUGAUGUGGAAGGAGAAGGUUCCUUGCCGACCGCCGAAGAAGUCAAGAACCUUCAAAACUUUAUCGACGAUGAAAAGAACAGGGAACGCAAAAAGUCGAUGCUGUCUCUCAAGCAAAUGUACAUGCUUGGGGGAAUGCUUGCCUGCCUGACCAUUGUCAUUAUCGUUAUGGGAGUGGCUAUUUCGCAAAACAACAAGAGCGCGAGGGGUAACUCGCGAGAGAACGAUGUUGUCAACUUUUUGAGUGAUAACUUUGCCGACCGUACUGCUCUCACUGAGCGUGAUAGCCCUCAAAAGCGGGCUGCCAAAUGGAUCGCCGAUGAAGAUGAAUUGAAGAUGCCGCUGCCUGGGUCCAACAGCUAUGAAGAUGCCUACGAAUUUGUACAGCGGUACGCACUGGCUGUGCUUUUCUUUGCCUGGGGUGGAGAGGACAAAUGGAUCUUCAACUACCAAUUCUUGUCUGGACAAAAUGCAUGCGACUGGAACUACAAGUACUCUUCUGAAGACAGUGAUGAUGAAUUCGAGUUGGGUGUCAAGUGUAAUGAUGACAAGGAAGUCGAUUAUUUGUUCAUGCCUGGCAAUGGCCUAGAGGGAACCAUCCCAGGAGAGCUUGGACUGCUUCUUGCCAUGUCCCACUUGUCCUUGUUCAACAAUAACCUCAUCGGACAGCUCCCUCUGCAAAUGAUGUACUUGACCGACCUCAAGUUCAUGGCCCUCGAGCAGAAUGCUCUCAGUGGAAGCAUUCCAGAUUGGCUAGGUGAACUCACCAACAUGAAGUUUAUGGCGCUUGGUGGCAAUAAAUUUGUAGGAGCCAUCCCAGAUGCUCUCAUCAAGAUGACUAGUCUGUCGGAGCUCUCUCUCGAAGAAAAUACGCUUGAAGGAGAUAUCAAUGUUCUCAACCAGAUCCCAUCGCUUACUCGUCUCUUCUUGGGAAACAACAAGUUCCAUGGAUCUAUUGAUGGUUCCUUCCUUCGAAACAUUCAGAACCUUCGAGAGCUUGACCUUAGCUCCAACCAGUUCACUGGAAACCUCCCUCACCACAUGUUCAACUACGAGAUUCUUGAUCUUCAUGAUAAUGACCUAGAAGGUGAAAUCCCCAGCGUGGAACGUGACGAUCAUCCUUUGCAAUACCUUCUCCUCCAUAACAAUGGAUUUUCUGGAAGGCUGCACAACUCAAUCGCAAACCUCAGAUCUCUCACACGCCUGGAUGUGUCCAACAAUGAAAUUACUGGCCCUCUGCCUCGAAGCAUCUCUGACAUGGAAGACUUGCAAUACCUUUAUCUUGCAAACAAUGAAUGGGAUGAAGGUCCCAUCCCACAGUGGCACAACUUGACUGGCAUGAUGGAACUGUCCUUGAAGGGUACUAACCGUGUUGGUGAGAUUCCAGACUGGAUUGGGCGUGAAAUGAAAAGUCUGCAGUUGUUGGGUCUGGACAACAACUACCUGUCAGGUGAGAUUCCUGAGACUCUCGGCCAUUUGAAGCGAAUGGAAUACUUGCUUUUGAAUCAGAACCGAUUGAAUGGCACCAUUCCAGAAACUCUGAGACACCUUCAUCAAUUGAAGAUGGUCAGGAUGGAUGACAAUAGUAUUGGGGGAAACGCUAACCCCAUUUGUGCAGAUGUGCCACCCAACCUUGAUAUCUUCACAAGUGACUGCAGCAGUACUGACUUCAAGUGCGAGUGCUGCUCAAAUUGCUGUGAUGAUCCCAAUAGCAGCUGCAAUGAUGCUAAACUGCCGGAAAAUGAUGUAUCUUGGAAGCAUGGGUAUCCUAAGAAUCAAGCACUUUUCAGUGAGGACUUAGUCUUCCAAAAUGUUGGGAAGUAAGGUGCUGGGUCUGUUUAGAAACUUGAACUGGGAAAAGGCCCUUCAAAGACCUUGGCACCGUGCUGAUUGCCUUGAAUGUACAUUUUCAUAACACACUUAACUAACAUUAUUAAAAAACUAUUAAUAUAGUCACAAGUCAGCCUAGUC